GCACAAUAUAAGGCUAGAUCGCCGGGAAACAACGGGACAUCGAUGGAAAAGGAAGAGCUCCGCAAGAGACCGAAGUAUUCGAACGCAUGUAAACAGUGCUGUCGAGGAGGAUGUUGUUUACACUAAAAAGUGCCGAGUUUGUGGAAAAGUGUAACCUUCAGCACAUUCUUUAAAUAAAGACACCAUCGAAUAGGCGAUCUGUAAGCGAACUGAGCCAUAAUAGGAAAUCUUCAGAAGCAUCGUGGACCUCGAGUAUUGAAGAACAAAAUCAAGUUCCACUACACAUGGUGUCUGUGUCAUUGAAGGAUAAGGGUAAAAAUACUGAGGCAGCUGUUUAGGAUUUCCUCAGAAAUUGUAGUUCCUUGUAAAACACAGGAGGUUAAAGGAUUACAGUCGUGGGUUGAGUCUCUUCUUCUCUGUAGUUCAAAAUGUCAGAACGGAAAGUUUUAAACAAGUAUUAUCCUCCUGAUUUUGACCCUUCAAAGAUCCCCAGGGCAAGAUGCCCCAGAAACAGACAAUUUACUGUCCGUUUGAUGGUUCCAUGUAAUAUCAAGUGUCAUACGUGCGGUGAAUAUAUUGCCAAAGGAAAAAAAUUUAAUGCACGAAAAGAAGACGUGGAAGACAUGACUUACCUAGGAGUUCGUAUAUACAGGUUUUACAUAAAAUGCCCUGGUUGUCUUGCUGAGAUUUCUUUCAGAACAGACCCAGAAAGUACCGAUUAUGUCAUUGAAGCAGGAGCCCACAGAAAUUUCCAGGCACUGAAAUUGGCUGAAGAGCAGGCAGCUAGGGAAGAAAGAGAAGCCAAAGAAGAAAUAGAGUCCAACCCAAUGUUACUGUUGGAAAAUCGCACACAGCAAUCCCAGUACGAGAUGGAAGUUCUUGAGUCUUUGGAGGAUCUUCGAGACAUGAAUGAGCGUCAUGCUGGCAUCGAUUUAGGGAAGAUUACUGAAAAAUAUGAAGAGGAAAGAAAGAUGACACAAGAACAACGUGAAGAAGCUGAGAAAUUGGAGGCAUUGAAAGCCUUGGUUCUUGGGGAAAUGAUUGAGGGACAGAUGGUCAAGCGAGUUGCACCUGAGGAUUUGUUAGAAAGUCAGCCCUCAAAAAAAUUGAAGCCAUUGGUUGAAAAUACCACCAAAACACAUCAGAUAACACUAGCCAACAAACAUAUAGAUGUCCCCAGAAAGAAUACAAUGAAGUCAAAACUUACAGGAUUGAUUAAAGUAAAGGGUGAUAAAGAUUCCAGCAAAGGUGAGAAGAGCAAUGAAAAUACAGUGAAUAACUCAGAAAUCCAGAAAGAACAAGACAAAGGUAAGGAAUUGGCAAAAGGCAGUUCAUCAGAUUUACCAGAACCACAAGUAGGGUCAACUCUCUCCUCAAAAUCUGUUGCGACUCUUCUAUCAAGUAAAGCCAAUGCUACAAAAACACCCAGUCUAGUUGCUGCACAAAAGCCAUUAAAUGGACUGUCCUUUUUAGGGGCAUAUUCUGAUUCAGAAUCUGGGGAAGAGAGUACCUGAGUAUGAAGUAAAGGUUUCUUGUAUAUUCAUAGAAUCCUGUAUAUAUUACCAGUGUUAAAAGCAGAGAUAAAUUAUUUGUUUAUGACAGUUAGUUCUGCUGUUGCUUUUUAUAUACUUUUAUCAUCAUCCACAUUGCCUUCAGUGCCACACGACUCGAAGGGCCUCUGUGAAAUUCUGCCACUCAUCUCCAGCCUGCCUUCUCAAUGUGCUUAUCUAAGUAGAUUAGGGUCUUCCGACUCUUCUGGUGCCAACAGGAACAAAGCUGACAUUACCACAUAUUAUUUUUAACUCCUACUACUCUUUUUGAAGCUUUAUUUGCAAAUUGGCAAACUCUUUAAGAAAAAGUUUCAUUUACAUAAUAUGAUUCAUGUACAUAUAGCAGUACAGAUUGCACAAGACUUAUCUUAUUUUUGUAUUUGUAUGCAGUUUCAGUCUUAUUUGGUUUGCAUUUUAAAGGCUCACUAAACUCCAGCUCGAAAGAUCUUGUACUGGAUUUCAGUGUUUUUUAAUAUUUAAGUACUUUAUAUAUAUAUAUGUAUUUUAUAGAUGAUUAGUACUGCAUGUAUUUAUGUUACUGUUUGCGGGUUCUAACUAUUCGCGGGGGGGCGGUCUAGUAUGCAACCCCCCGCGAGUACGGGGGACCACUGUAUUAUAUGUGUGUGUAUAUUAAAAUGUACCUAUCAUCAUGCCAGCAAUAAUCUGCAGCAUGAGGAACCAGAUUGUAGUCGCACUUGCUUUCUCACAUGACACCAGAAAAGCUGAAAGACUUGUCACUCCUACCUCAUGAACCCUUUAUCACAAAUGCUGAUGUUCAUAUAAUCUUUCGUUAAUCAAAGUAAAGUUUAUCAUUUCAUCCUCACAGCUGUUUUUAGCUUCUUUUUUCCACCUCCUCUGAACUGUGAGGUCCAAUCCAGUCAUUUCUUUGGAUAUCUGAGGUCCUUCAAACCAUUUACAUUUUCUAACCACCACAGCUGUCCCUUUUCAACAAUAAACUGUCGGUUUACUUCCAAAGACACCUUGUUGCAUUAUUUGUUUAUAUUUCUUAUAGCUUUUAUGAUUACAAUUUUGAUGUUGGUUAAAUGAUUAUGAAAAUUGUAAAUAUACUGCAGUAUUUAUUU